UAUUAGUGAAUAGGUCGGCGCGGCCGAAGAACGUUUUUAAAAUAGUGUUAAUGAUAGUGAAAAAACAAGAUGAAGUGGCUGUUGCUGUUGUUCCUGGUGCACCAGUCUUCGGCUGUCAUUCACUACUUAAAUUUGACCGAGUACAGCAAAAUGCCAGAUCUGUACCAGAUGGACGACUACGACACUUGUGUGAUGGAGCCGGGCGGGACCUACUGUCUCGUCGACGCUGACCUCUACUCCAAGGAACACUCCAACCUCAUGCUGAUGAUACAGGAAUACUCAGAAAAUACGAGAAAACAUUACAAUCACACAAAAGUACACCGGGCUUUGUGCGUCCGAAAAUCUUGCAAGGAUUUCGUGAAGAACAGAAGUCUAGAGAACGAAGCGGACCUGAGAUCCAUCCUUGAGGAAUGUGUUGACGAUUCCUUAUGGAAAGGAUACAAGCUAAACGCAAGGUUAACCGAAGUGUUAUACUGCAAGAGGCAUGGUGACCAGAGGAGUUUUAGCACUGGAGAUUUCAUAAUGGCGGGUGUUUAUUUGGUCCUGAUCAUACUGAACGCUGUCGGGACUACUUACGACUUCAUCACUGGUGAUGCGGCAGGGAAUCCGUACUUACUGGCGUUCUCUUUCCGGCGUAACUGGCGUAAGUUGAUAGCACCCAGCGGAGUUGGACCCGAGCCCAGACUCAACCGGCUGAAGAUCAUCAACGGAUUAAGCAUUAGCGUGGUUGGCGGCAUCUUCAUCCAGGAUAGCUUCAGAUUUUUCGACGGCACUAUCGCAGUGGGCAGAACUUGCGUGGUCGGUGGCACCAUUGCAGUUAAUGAGAACGUGGCGUCGGUUAGGCAGACGGCGCAACCCGCGGUGACGCAACUAUCUUCUGUUGGGGAAGUGAUCCAUAUGUUCAAUGAUCCCACCAAGUACAUCCUUCUCAACGGCACACUGGUGACGUACACGUUCUUCGUGAUGUCCGGCUUCCUGCUGGCGUUCAACUUCGAGCUGCACGCGGAGAAACACCGCGUUAGCCUGUGGGAGUGGCCCAAGGGAAUGGUCUUACGGUGGCUGAGACUAACUCCGACCUACGCGCUGGUUAUGUUCAGCGUGAUGACCCUGAUGCGGCACCUGGGCGACGGGCCACAGUGGGAGCUGGUGGUGACCAGUGAGUCAGAUGCCUGCCACAAACAUUGGUGGACUCACCUGCUCUACAUCCACAAUUAUUUGCGGGAGGAAAUACCGUGCUUUCCACAGUCUUGGUAA